CCACGAUGAUCAGCUGUUUAUUUCGUCAGCUGGCAUUGCCGUUGCACAGACAAAAAUAUAGUGAUGAUAUGGAAGGCAAACAACAGGCUACCAAGAAAUUGGCUGUACUGGCAGCGAGCUUGGGCAUAGUGUUCGUGCUGGUGCGAAACCGACAAUCUAUAUGGACAUCCUUACGUCGAACGUGGCAUUUUAACAAUCCUCUGAUGCAGAAACGCACAGUCGUGAUCAGUUCUUUUGAAGAGUCCCAAAAAGCGGUGAAGGAAUUGAAGAAUUCUUCUAGACACUGCCAGUCCUACAAGGUGCUAGGUUUCGACUGCGAGUGGGUAUCGGAGGGCGGCUCGAGGCAUCCCGUAGCUUUGUUACAAUUAUGUUCCCACAAAGGGCUCUGCGCGCUUUUCCGCCUCUGCUGCAUGAAACAGAUUCCUAAGGACCUACGCGAAUUGCUCGAGGAUGAUGCUGUAAUUAAAGUGGGCGUUGUGCCCCAGGACGAUGCCAUGAAAUUGUCACAUGAUUAUGGCGUCGGUGUGGCCAGUACUUUGGAUUUACGUUUCAUGGCCGUCAUGGCUGGCCACAAACCGGAGGGCCUCGGCAAACUCGCAAAAACUCAUCUCAACAUCGAGUUGAGCAAACACUGGCGACUGGCUUGCUCCAACUGGGAAGCUAAGAUACUGCAAGCGGCACAAGUGAAUUAUGCUGCAAACGAUGCGCUCGCGGCUGUGGCCAUCUUUCAGAAGCUUUUUAAAGAUCUAGAGCCCAGACCUAUGUGGGGCCUACGCGCAACAAAGCCUGAUAUUCUGCACCCCAGACUGGGGCCCUUCUUAGAUAGGGGCUUCUCCCAGGAUUUCGCAGUACGAAUUACAGCAAAUGCCAGUGGCACUCAACCCUUGACAAUGAAACCUAAGAAAAUGGUUCCCAAAAAACAGCAAUGCCGCAAUCUGGGCACACGUUCCAAAGCCUUUUACGACAACUGCCUGCUGGAAGCGCCCGAUGGCGAAUUACUCUGCACCAUUGAUCGCAGAAAAGCUUCUUGGUAUUUAAGCCAAAAUUUGGGGAGUCAAAUCAAAGAUUCGCCGCUCACAGUACGCCUGAACUUCGAACCUGCAGGGCGUGCUGUUGGCGAUGUGGGUCGCUAUUAUCAGACACCCAAGGAGAACCAGUGUGUGGUAUGCGGCAGACGAGACGCCUUCAUACGCAAAAAUGUGGUGCCACACGAAUAUAGAAAGCAUUUUCCACUCGUAAUGAAAUCCCACACCUCACAUGAUGUCCUGCUCCACUGCCCCACCUGCCAUCAAGUGAGCAACAUAUCCGACUUGAAAGUGCGCACAAAACUAGCUGCCAUGUGUGACGCACCAAUUAAGCACAGCGAGGGGGCAGCCAAGUUCUUAGAGGAUCAGGAAUUGAAACGUGUACGCUCGGCAGCUAGAGCUCUGCUUUAUCAACGCGCCAAGCUGCCAGAAGCAAAGGUGGCGGAAAUGGAGCGCAUUGUUCUGGAUUACUAUCAGGCGGAACACGAAGUUACAGAGUCUUUGUUGACCAAUGCAGCCAAUCUGGAAUUUAAGUUUGAGAAUCCGGACUAUUGCGAGCACGCUGGAAAGGUUGUGAGAGUAUAUGGUGAAAAGUAUGGAGGUCUUAUAGAAUUGGAACGCGUUUGGCGCGAACAUUUUCUGCAUACACUGCAACCAAAAUUUCUGCCCGAACUCUGGAAUGUCAAUCACAAUGCAGACAGAUUAGAGGUGCGUGCUAGCGAGGGUCGUGUAGACAAUGAAGAUCUGCUGUUAGCAGGCUUAGAUCCCAUAUUCAGGGACACAAAAACUGCAUAGAAACAACUUCAUUGAAGACGCCACAGAAGUGCCUUUCAUAUUGAAAUAAAUAAGAAUAAAUUUCUGGAAUUGCUAAGCUGUUCAACCCAUUUAACUGCCAUUAAUGUACUUUUAGACUUCCAACCGCAGAUUAUUAACAAAAUCUUUAGUCUCUGGCA